CGGGCUGACGGCUUUUUGACACCUCCUGUGGAAGGGCAGCUCUGCUGGUUGCAGUGACCUUCACCUUAACGCUUGCCCGCAUCUCCGUGGAGCUUCUCUAGAGCAGGUCCCUUACUGAGCAAUUGCCAUGCUGAUGACUGCAGCAGAAAAGACAUUACCAUCUAAAUUCUCCUUCUUUUACCACCAGAGAAUCACAUUUUAGAAGAUGUAAACAAAUGCGUCAUCGCUCUCCAAGAGAAAGACGUGGAUGGCUUAGACCGCACGGCCGGGGCAAUCCGGGGCCGCGCCGCUCGCGUCAUUCACGUGGUCACCUCCGAGAUGGACAACUACGAGCCUGGAGUGUACACUGAGAAGGUGCUGGAAGCAACCAAGUUACUGUCCAACACAGUCAUGCCGCGCUUCACGGAGCAAGUGGAAGCUGCAGUGGAAGCGCUGAGCUCCGACCCUGCCCAGCCCAUGGAUGAGAACGAGUUCAUCGACGCCUCGCGGCUGGUGUACGACGGCAUCCGCGACAUCAGGAAAGCCGUGCUGAUGAUCCGGGUGAGGACAGCUUCCCCCAGCAGCUUUCCCUGCCCCUGUAGGACUGACAGCCAGAAGGAUAAUGGAGAGCAGGCAGGAGAAGAUUCUCAUUUAGCUCCUAUUAACAUUCAGAGUCUUAAAACGUGCUAAUUGCUGUGGAGCGCU